UGAUGAAAGAGGUUUUAGUGUUAUAAAAUUAUUUUGAUUUUAGGUGUUUGAAAAUCCUCCUCUUUAAAGUUUUAAUGGGUGAUGAAGCUGCAAUCCGUUGCAUGAGACAUUGUAGUAACGACUAUAAUAUAUUUUUUGUGAACUUCCCGGAAUUCUGUCCAAUUUGCAAGGGCCAAAUAAAAGGGUCAUUUUUAGUCUUGCCGCCAUUUUGUGUGCCUCGUCCGUUUGUUUCAAGCUUCCAAGCUCCGUACAGUAUUGUGGUAAAGCCAACAGAGGGUUGCUUUUUGAAGUAAGUGUAAAGUAAGCUUUCUGCAUUUCUUGAGUGAGUAAAUAUUCGAAAAUUAAUGAUAUCUUUCUUUGAAGGACUUACCGAAGUGGACAUGACUUGCACAUUGGCUUAACCUCAUCAAAAGGUUCAAAAUUACAAAAAAUAGUACCUUUAAUUUGACUUUGUGAUUUGUUUAAUUUAGAUUUAGGAAUGUGUAGUUCCUUUAACCUUUAAUUUCUUCCAUAGAUGGGUAAAAUGGGGUUAAUUUAUACCAUCGUUAAUCAUUUCUUAUAUUAAAUUUUUUCUUAUAUUAAUUUUCUUUAUUGGUUUACUUUUAGGUUUGGUUUACAACUAUGAUGAAAGCGGUGUUCACAUGGACAAUCAUUUGACAUGGCCCGUGUGUAUUGCAGUGGAUAUUUUGGACAUUUUGAAGGGCUAUUCUGCUUCAGUGAUUCUUAAAGACUGGGACAAAACAUUAUGCGAACAUAGUAAUAAAUCUGAAUGGACUUAUGACAAGUAUGAAGUGAUAAAUUUUAUUCAAACUAACCGGUUCAUUUAUCUUCAAUUAAUAUUUAUUCAGCUAUUUUUAAUUAUCUCUUGCUGUAUAAAUGUGAAGAAAAUUUAAUUAUCCGAGUACUUUUUCAACUUUACUUUUUAGGUACGGUCCAACAUUACACAACUGUUAUGACUUCGUUCUAUCAUUCCUCAAAGAUAUUUUACCAGGAUGCCAAGGUUUCGUGGGCAAAGAUAGCUUCUGCAACACACACAUUAUACCCAGAACAACAAAAGCAGCGCAGUACAUUGAUUUGUACAGAAAAGUUGUAGAUAAUGGCCUUUUUGUGAGCAAAGCCAACUCGCCUGAUUGAAGACAGGGGCAUGGACUCCGUCACUUAAUAUGCAUGUCUUCUUCCCGGUUGAAAAGUGCCGAAAUCGUGCAGCCUAUAGUAGAAGUCUCGUAUUCUGGUUAAGGCCGAAAUUUCUGAAAAACCGGCCGUUGGUAAUUUCUGAAAGACUCGAGUCCAACGCUUUUAGCACGAACUCCGUGCUAGAUAUGACAGAUUCGAUUGCCAAAGAAGUUUAUUUUAAGACAAUCGGUCGGCUUAAAAUUUGGCGUACAUGAGGUACAUCACUCAGUAGAAAGAAACGAGUGAACAUGAACAUCGUGUUAAGUAGAGACUUAUUUAAUUUAUUUUAUUUUACAAGAUUGGCCACACACAAACAUAAAUACCACUAAACCAUUACACAAUAAUACAAUAAUUUUACAUAUGUUACAUACAAAAUAGGCAAGGACUGACCACAGAGAUAAUUUCCAAUAACGGGGUCGCGACUUAAUUGAUAAUAGAGGCUUGGAUUAGAAAGAAUAUUAUUUGAACUAUUAUUUAAGUAAACAUGUAAUGCACAAUUUUAUUGUAUCAAAUAUGUGUCAUUUUACAAUUUCUCAACAAAAGAUUGAAUUGCAAUGCCUAUGGCAUCAGGUGAGUCCUCUUGUAAAAAAUGUAAACCAUCUACUUUCACCGUCGUUGUGUUGGGCCAUUGUAGUGCGACUUUCUUAAUGGCUUUGCUGAAGAACCCUGGUUCAGCUUCAAUGAAUAAUUUUGGGAUAUUUGAUGUUGACAAAAAUCCUCCAUACUCGUUGACAAUUUUAAGCACAUCUUCCGGACCUUCUCCCUCAACUGGAAUCUCUCUUGGCCAAGUCAAGGUGGGUCGACGACUUUCCCCUUCUUCUCUAUAAGGCAUGUUAUAUGCAUCCUGUUCCUCUUUGGUUAAAUCACGCAUGAUACUGUUUGGCAAAAGAAGAUCAACAAAUAGAUUCUUUUUCAAGAUCAUUUCUUCACCUGCCUCUGUGCGAAUAGCUUGAAAUAUAUCUCUUGCAAUUUCUGGCCAGGCAUUCCAGGACUUGAUGACACUAGCAAUGCUCUCCAUAUGAACUAUACCUUUCACUCGAUUUGAAUUUUGGUGGCACCAGUGAAAGCCGAGCCCAGAUCCCCAGUCAUGACACACCACAAUUAUUUUAUCAGGAAGGUUGACCAGCUCAAACCAGGCAGACAAAUAUUUGUAGUGGUCUACAAAUCGGUAAGAGCCAUUCCCAGAUUUACCUAUAG